AUGGGUGUUCUUAGGAGCACAGAACGGCCCAGCCGAUACUUGGACGAAACCGCGCCGCCCACACGUGGACCGGCCAUCUUUCACCAUCAGUCGGAGCGAUGGCGUGUUCUCGCACUAUUCCCAUUGGCCGCCGCCUGCCCGCCGCGGAUGCUGCUCCCCAGUAGCCAGGGACCAUUCUCAUUGGUCCAUACCAUGGUCCUGACCCGUUUCCGGUUGGCGGUGUGCCUUGGCAAUAUGGCGGAUGGAGUCCACUCAACUUACUUUCCCUUUUGGCUCCUCCCCCUCUGCGAACGUCGGACAAAUGCUGGAUCCAUCAGGAAGAGGAAUAUUUCCUCUUGCAAUCGUCAUGCCGGUGGGCGGGCACCUGCUCCACGGCUCAUCGUCAUCUUUCGCUUCCAGACCCCGGCCAAACCCACCUAA